CGUAGGAUUGAGACGUGUAAAUCCAGCUCUCCCGUGAAAAAUCAGCAAAGUACCGUUUAAACAAAGUAAAGUUAAUAAAUACUUUCCGAAAACUACUUAUAAACUUCGUAAGACUACUCUACGAUAUGCCUUGUAAACCGCAACAGAAGAAGUCUGUUGUUGUGAAGUCGCCGCGAGAUGGGAAUUAAAAAAGGGCCUACUGCAGCGAUGGAGCCUCGGAUUCAGGUUGGAUCUCCGUCAGAGGAGACACAUUUUAUCUCUGGCGUAGAAGAACGGCGAACAAUGGCGGCGGUAGCGCUCUCUCGGAAAAAGAUGCGGGAAUAGUGGAUGCGCAAUGUGCGCAUGCGCUGAUUUACACAAUAUAAACUACAAGAACCGACGGCCACUGCAACUGAAAGUGAAUCAGAGUCAGAAUUGGAUAUCACAGAGAAUACAGAUGAAGAAGAGCAGGAAGAACUGGAAGAGAUUGGAAGUAAAGGAGACGAUGGAGACAUAAGAGAGGCUUUAUUGCAGUUAACGGCUGAAUUAAGAAAAUUAAGAACAGAGCUCAGAGACGUGAAGAUGUGCUAUGAUAAAGCUAUGAAAAGACAGGAUAAAAUGGAUAAGAAACUUCAGAAGAUGGAUAGAACAAUCGAGCAUAUUAACGAUAGAGUGGAAAAAACAGAAGAUAAUGUAUUUGUCUGGAACAUGGAAAGAAAUCGACUCUUGGAGAAAGUGGACGUGUUGGAAAAUUUUAGUAGAUGUAAUAACAUUAAAAUUGUUGGUCUCAAAGAAGAUAUAGAGGGAGAUAAUCCAAGAGAAUUUUUUCAAAGGUGGAUCCCGAAAACCUUGCAAAUCAAAGAGGAAGACUGAUCAAUUGAAAUUGAGCGGGUACAUAGAGCUCUGAGACCAAAACCACAAGAUGACCAAUAUCCACGAUCAAUUUUAAUCAAAUUCUUAAGAUUUCAAGACAAAGAAAGGAUUCUACAGGUGGCUGCCCAAGCUGCCAAGAAGAGAAAAAGGCUACUGAUGAUAGAAGGGAAGAAAAUUUUUUUCUACCCUGACAUAAGUUAUGAACUUUUGAAAAGAAAGAAGAAGUUUAAUCCAUUGAAAAAAGCCCUAUGGGAUCACGGUUAUCAACUUAUAUUGUGUUAUCCUGCAACCUUGAAGAUUUUCUUGCCUGGUGGAGAAAAAAGAUUUUUUGACGAUUACCGGAAAGCGGAGGAGUUUGUGCGAGAUUCUUUGAAUAUUCACCAGAUACAAGACCAAACUUAGGGGAGCGAGAUAGAUUGAAGAUGAAGACUGGAUCAAGGAUUAGGUUUUGGAUAUUCCUCUUAAUAUGGAAGGUUCUGGAUGGAAAAGCCGAGCACUUGUCCCAUUUGUCUUUGGUAUUAUCAUCAGUUUGCAUUGUCCCAUCACUCAGUCAGCUAAUAUAUUAGUUGUACCUGUUGAUGGAAGUCAUUGGAUCAAUAUGAGAAUUCUCUUGGAGGAACUGAAACCUCGUGGACACAACUUCACAGUACUUUAUCUUGAGAAAAGUUGGUACAUCACAGAAAGACCCGAGCUAUAUCAAUAUAUUGCAGUUCCAAUGAAAAACAUUGAAAUGGUAGAUGUAGUUGGAAUAAGUCUUCAAAGAGCACUGCAGCUUGCACAGGAUGGGUGGAGCUUCAGAGACAAUAUUGAGUUCCAAUUAGAAAAUGUACGUUUUAUGCAGAACUGUCAUAAGGUGAUUCAUUGGUUUAUUAGUGAAAUUUUUCAAAACAAAACAUUGCUUAACCAACUUGAAAAGACAAACUUUGACCUGGUGCUUACAGACCCUUUUUUUGCUACUGGAUCAAUGCUUGCUUAUUAUUUAAAACUUCCCUUGGUGUAUAAUGUUCGAUGCUUAGACUUUGAUGAGGCUCACUUUCUUUUUGCCCCAUCCCCCCCUUCUUAUGUCCCAAUCUCUAGCUCACACCUGACUGACAAAAUGUCCUUUCUUCAAAGAACACAAAACUUCAUCCUAAGUCUAAUCCACCUAUCCAUUUUAGAGCUUACCAUUUAUCGCAGCUACAAUGAGCUCUGUCAUCGAUAUUUGGGACCAGACACAGAUAUCAAGACAAUUCUGCUGAGGGCUGAUGUGUGGCUGAUAAGAGUCGAUUUUGUAUUUGGAUUCCCAAGACCCACCAUGCCAAAUAUUGUGUACAUUGGAGGCUUCCAGUGUAAACCAGCCCAACCACUAGCAGCAGACUUUGAAGAGAUUGUUGAAAACACAGGGAAGCAUGGAAUUAUUGUGAUGUCGUUGGGAUCCGCUUUUAUUUCUUUGCCAAUGCAGAUUGCAAUGGAAAUAGCUGAGGCAUUCGCUCAAGUACCCCAGAAGGUUAUUUGGAGAUAUGAUGGGGAAAUCCCUCCCAAUAUAGGUAAUAAUACACUACUGACAAAAUGGAUCCCUCAGAACGACCUUCUGGGACACCCCAACACACGAGUCUUCAUUUCUCAUGGUGGUACCAAUGGCAUUUACGAGGCCAUCUACCACAGGGUACCAGUGAUUGGUAUGCCUCUAAUUUUAGACCAGCAUGACAAUUUUAUUCGACUUGAAUCCCGAGGUGCAGCAAAGGUGCUUAAUGUUGCAACCAUGCAUUCAACAGAUCUAUUGCAGGCACUUAAUGAGGUGAUAAAUGGCACAUUCUACCGGGACAACAUGAAGAAACUCUCUGCUCUCCACCGGGAUCAACCAGAGUCGCCAAUGAAGCGAGCCAUUUUCUGGAUUGAGUAUGUUGCCCGACACAAAGGAGCAGGGCAUUUACGCUCUGAAUCCUACCAGCUGCCCUGGUACACUUACUAUUGUGUGGAUGUGAUAGUUUUUCUGUUGUCCAUGUUCCUCAUGGUCACAGUGUUGGUGGCUGUAACACUGAAGAAACUUUGUCACAUUGCAUGGAAGAAAAUAAAGCAAAAGGCUGAUUAAAGCGGUCUUUUCACUUAGACACUAAUUCAGGAAUAUUGUUUCUACAAAAAAGGCUGAUUAAUGUGAUCUUUUCACUUCUUAGAAAUUAAUUCAGGAAUAUUAUUUCUGCACUUAAUCCAUAGAACCUCAAUCAAAUAUUGAUGUUUAUGUAUAGAAAUAUGAUUGGAAUUUAUAAAUGCUUGAAUCAAUUAUACAAAAGAAGAUUUAUCUAUAAAUAUUGAAAACUAAGUUAGGUUUGUUUAUGUAAUCAAAACUUUUUUAUUUUUGUGCCUAGUAAGCCAUUAUUUGCCCAACCAUUUCUUGAUAGCUAUAUAUAUCACUGCAUUCUCUGUCAUUCUCGGAUGUCUGGUUUCUUUCCAGUACUCACUGCUGUUGGAGAGUGUGCUUUUUAUGAGUUUAUCCAAGUUAGCAGGUAAUUCUCAGCCAAAGCCCAUCCACUUGGAGAUGGUAUCUCUGAAUCUCAGAAUUAUAAUUACCACAUCAGUAAAUGAACUUUCUACUCUCUGUCCCAGGUACAUUUGCUGAACACUAAACUUGAGUGAUGUCAUGUGAGUCUUAAACUCCAGCUGAGAUGCAAUGAUCUCAUUUUCAAAAGGGUUCAUGCUGAGCAGGAUUUGCAGAAUUCCCACACACUGAUAACUAACAUGAUGUACAAUCACUUUUAUAAUUCAGUUAGAUUUGAAUAUUUCAUAUGCUGUGCAACUCCAAGAUGAAUGAAAUACUUUUAAAAAAAAAAUUAAACAUCAAUUCUGUUGGACGAUUAAGGUGUAAAUAAUUUUCAUGAUUUUUA